AUGUCCGCCUUUAACUCAGACGAGAAGUCUCGUCUGCCGACCCGUUCCCCGGCCGGCAGUCAGAAGACAGUAGUCGAUCACGAUGCAAUUUUCACUCAAAACGCGGAAGCACUCCCGACCUCGAAGCCCAAGGACAACUCUCUGUACGAGAAAGCCGGCGAUGGAUCCGCUGCAUCAACAUCAGAAGAUGACGGCAACGACACGGAACUAGAGCGUCGCCAGUCGAUCGUGCAAGAACUAGCUCGGGAGUACACGCGACACUCCGCGGUCAACAUCGAUGGAGACAGCAUGGCAUUGUUCGGCAGCGAGGAUCCGAAUUCGCCCCUCAACCCGAACGGAAAGAACUUCAGCGCUCGCAAGUGGGCAAAGACUCUUGCCAAUGUCACCAAUGAGCACGGGUCAGGAUAUAGAACUGCUGGUUUUGUUUACCAGGACUUGAACGUCUUCGGAUUCGGCCAAGAGACGGAUUACCAGAAGGAUGUCGGAAACGUUUGGCUCGAGAUUCCUGGUCUCGUUCGCAACCUCACCUCGAAGACCGGAGGCCAACGCCGCAUCGAUAUUCUCCGUGAUUUCAACGGCAUCGUAGAGGCAGGCGAGAUGCUCGUCGUUCUUGGACCCCCAGGAUCUGGCUGCUCUACCUUCCUCAAGACCAUCGCUGGAGAGAUGAAUGGCAUUUACACCGAUGAGCGUGCCUACUUCAACUACCAGGGUCUUUCGGCAAAGGAACUCCACAAGCACCACGCCGGUGACGCCAUCUACACUGCCGAAGUCGAUGUCCACUACCCUCAACUUUCCGUGGGCGAUACCCUCACCUUCGCGUCCCGUGCCCGCUGCCCACGAACCCUGCCCCCUGGUGUCACCGCCAACCAGUACUGCGACCACCUCCGCGACGUCGUCAUGGCCAUGUACGGUAUCAGCCACACCGUCAAUACCCGUGUGGGCGACAACUACGUCCGUGGUGUCUCUGGUGGAGAGCGCAAGCGCGUAACGAUUGCCGAAGCGACGUUGUCCAAUGCUCCUUUGCAGUGCUGGGAUAACUCAACCAGAGGUCUCGACUCCGCCAACGCUGUCGAAUUCUGCAAGACCCUUCGUUUGCAGUCCGAGUUGUUCGGCCAGACCUGCGCCGUCUCGAUCUACCAGGCGCCUCAGAGUGCUUAUGAUCUGUUCGAUAAGGUUGCUGUUCUCUACGAGGGACGUCAAAUCUAUUUCGGCCGCACCACCGAGGCCCGCCAGUACUUCAUCAACCUCGGCUUCGAGUGCCCAGCCCGUCAGACUACCCCUGACUUCCUCACUUCGAUGACGGCGCCUACCGAGCGUGUAAUCCGUCCCGGUUGGGAGUCUCGCGUACCUCGGACGCCUGACGAGUUCGCUGCGUGCUGGAAGGAGAGUCGCGAGUGCGCGGCUCUCAAGCAGCAGAUUGAGCAGUACAAGACGGAUCAUCCUUUGGAUGGCCCGGAUGCCGAAGUUUUCAGAAACCAGAAGCAGUCGGUCCAAGCCAAGAACCAACGUCUCAAGUCUCCCUUCAUCCUCUCGUACGGACAGCAAGUGAAACUCUGCCUCUGGCGUGGCUUCAAAUUGCUUAAGGGUGACCCCAGUCUGACACUGUUCUCCCUGAUUGCCAAUUCGUGCACGGCUCUCAUCAUGUCCUCCCUGUUCUACAACCUCCCGGAAAACACGUCCUCCUUCUACAGUCGAUCCGCGGUUCUCUUCGUCGCCAUUCUCGCCAAUGCAUUCUCCAGUGCUCUCGAGAUUCUCACUCAGUACGCCCAACGGCCCAUCGUUGAGAAGCAACGUCGUUAUGCAUUCUACCACUCCUCGGCGGAAGCCUUCUCCUCAGUUUUGGUGGACAUGCCUUACAAAAUCACGAAUACCAUCUGCUACGACCUGAUCAUCUACUUCAUGACGAACCUGAACAGAGAACCCGGCAACUUCUUCUUUUUCCUGUUAACCACAUUCCUCAUGGUGCUGUCCAUGUCUGGCCUUUUCAGAUCUAUUGCCUCCUUGUCCCGCACAUUGUCGCAGGCCAUGGUUCCCGCGUCGAUCUUGAUUCUCGCCUUGGUCAUCUUCACUGGAUUCGUCAUUCCCGUUGAUUACAUGCUUGGCUGGUGCCGAUGGAUCAACUACCUGGACCCUGUCGCGUACGGAUUCGAAUCGCUCAUGAUCAACGAGUUCCACAACCGGAACUUCGAGUGUGCCGCCUUCGUCCCCAGCCCUGCAGUUGCCGGUUACGAGAACAUUACCCUCGCCAACAGAGCCUGCUCCACUGUCGGUGCCGUUCCUGGCGAGCCGUUCGUCAACGGUGACAGAUACAUCAACUCCCAGUACAAGUACUUCAACUCUCACAAGUGGCGCAACAUCGGAAUUCUCAUCGCUUUCAUUAUCGCCCUCCACGCCUUGUACUUCAUUGCCACCGAAUACAUUGCCGCGAAGAAGUCCAAGGGAGAGGUUCUUGUCUUCCGUCGUGGUGUUGCUGCCCCUGUCAAGGGCAAGGACGACCCCGAAUCCUCUCUCUCUGGACCCGCUACCAUCGUCGAGAAGGGCGGACAAGGUGCCUCCGCCAACGAGGGUGCGAUCCAAGGCUCCACCAGUGUUUUCCACUGGGGUAACGUGUGCUACGAUGUCAAGAUCAAGACCGAAACCCGCAGGAUUCUGGACCAUGUGGAUGGCUGGGUCAAACCUGGAACUCUUACGGCUUUGAUGGGUGUCUCUGGAGCUGGCAAAACUACCUUGCUUGAUUGCCUGGCAGACCGUGUCUCCAUGGGAGUAAUUACCGGAGAGAUGCUGGUUGAUGGAAAGAUCCGGGACCAGUCCUUCCAACGCCGUACUGGCUACGUUCAACAACAGGACCUGCAUCUCGAGACCAGCACUGUUCGUGAGGCAUUGGAGUUCAGUGCUCUUUUGCGCCAGCCAGCCACCACCCCUCGCGCUGAGAAACUGGCAUACGUCGACGAAGUCAUCAAGCUUUUGGACAUGCAGGACUACGCUGACGCCGUUGUGGGUGUCCUCGGCGAGGGAUUGAACGUCGAACAGCGCAAGCGACUUACCAUUGGUGUGGAACUGGCUGCUAAACCCCCCUUGCUUCUUUUCGUCGAUGAACCUACCUCUGGUUUGGAUUCGCAAACGUCAUGGGCUAUCCUGGAUCUGCUUGAGAAGCUCUCAAAGGCCGGCCAGUCUAUUCUUUGCACUAUUCACCAACCGUCUGCCAUGUUGUUCCAACGCUUCGACCGUCUGCUGUUCCUGGCAAAGGGUGGCAGAACCGUAUACUUUGGCGACAUCGGCGAGAACUCCCACACCCUUACAUCCUACUUCGAGAGGAACGGUGCCCCUGCCUGCCCUCCUGGCGAGAACCCGGCCGAAUGGAUGCUUUCUGCUAUUGGCGCUGCCCCCGGAUCACAUACCGAUGUCGAUUGGCACCAGGCAUGGAAGUCCAGUCCCGAGUAUGAGGCUGUUCAAGAGGAACUUGGCCGCCUCAAGACUCAAAGCCCGCCCCAAGAGCACUUGUCCGCCGAAGAAGAGAAGUUGGCACACCGCGAAUUCGCCGCACCGUUGUGGGAUCAAUUCCUGAUUGUCACUCGCCGUGUCUACCAGCAGUACUGGCGUACUCCCUCUUACCUGUACGCCAAGUUCAUUCUCUGCUGCUCCGUUGCCCUCUUCAUCGGUCUGGUAUUCCUCAACGCACCUCUCAGUAUCCAGGGCUUGCAGAACCAGAUGUUCGCUAUCUUCAACAUUCUUUCCAUCUUCGGUCAGCUCGUGCAACAACAGAUGCCGCACUUCGUCACCCAACGAUCUCUUUACGAAGUCCGUGAAAGACCUUCCAAGACUUACAGCUGGAAGGUGUUCAUGAUGUCGCAAAUUGUUACUGAGAUCCCGUGGAACUCUCUCAUGUCCGUCUUCAUGUUCAUCUGCGUCUACUACCCCGUCGGUCUCUACGAGAACGGUGACCCAAGCCAGAAGAGUGAGCGCGCUGGUCUCAUGUGGCUCCUGUUCUGGCAGUUCAUGAUCUUCACCUGCACUUUCGCCCAUGCCUGCAUCGCCAUCACGGACACUGCUGAGAUGGGUGGUAACCUCGCCAACGUCCUGUUCAUGAUGUGUCUGCUGUUCUGCGGUGUCUUGGCCAGCCCUGACGCCAUGCCCGGCUUCUGGAUCUUCAUGUACAGGGUGUCCCCGUUCACCUACCUCUUGUCAUCAAUUCUCUCAACAGGUCUGGCAAACUCCAAGGUGACGUGCUCGACGAACGAGUACAUCCACUUCGACCCGCCAAACAACCAGACUUGCGAGACUUACAUGGAAGGGUACAUUGGUUCCAUGGGAGGCUAUAUCAAGGACCCAUCUGCCACGGCUGACUGCCAAUUCUGCUCUAUCGCCGACACCAAUGUCUUCCUCAAGGGUAUCAGCUCCAACUUCGACAACAGAUGGCGCGAUUUUGGUAUCGGCAUGGUGUACAUUGUCGUCAACAUUGUCGCUGCUUUGGGUCUCUACUGGCUGGUCCGCAUGCCCAAGGGCAAGAAGAAGGCCUAA